UUUUAAGGCUCUUUAGCUACUUACACUUUUAAUGAUAUGCAACAAUACUUGUGUUGUCAUACUGUUAUGAAUUGUCAAGGUUGCGCCGUAUAUCAGGUAUUUUUACUUGUCUGUUCGCUACAUGAAUUCGGUCCAGCUUUUGCUUUUAUCCCACAAAUUACCGAUCAAAUUGAGACAGCUGUGGUUCAAGAAAAGGAUACAGCCUAUUUGAAUUGUACCACUGUGAUAGAUGAGGGCCAAGAAUCACAAAUCAGUUGGUACCGCACCCUAGAUCGCCAGCAGAUCGCUUCUGGAACAACCUUGAAAGAGCCGGUUCGCCUUGGACCUCACGGUGUUCGAAAGUAUGCCGUGCGUUUCCUUCCAGGUAGGCCUGGAUAUGCUCCAGAUAUGGCUGGCGUGGAUCUAACCAAAUUGCGCACCUACCAAUUGAUUGUCCGCUUCGUGGACAUAAACGAUGCCAACACAAUGUUUAAGUGCGUAAUCGAAUUACCUACCACACCAAGAGACCAGUGGCCAACAGCCUUCGGUCAAAUAAUAGUCAAAAGAGCACCAGAAAUACUACCCGGUUUGACCUCGCAAAUCGUUACGGAGGGCGAAUCACUUACAUUGAAUUGUACAGCCCAGGGCUCUCCGCAACCGAAGAUCAGUUGGACUAGAGCCAACGGAAGACCCCUUUCUAUCCCAGGUUUCCCACAGACAGUUUAUAAUUCCACAUUGUUCAUUCCAAAAGUGGAUCGCUAUGAUCGAGGAGUGUACCGCUGUUACGCAGUGAACAAUGUGGCCAACUCCGCAGAGUAUGAUGUCAUGGUGGAAGUCAAUUAUGCACCACACGUGAGGGAGGCCAGGUUCCGAGGUGCAUACGGUCAGGCUCCUGAUGGAAAUUAUGAUGUCACUCUGGAGUGUAUAGUGAACGGCUAUCCUGAUCCAGAUCUACUGUGGUAUAAAGGCGUGUACGAUCCAAUCACGAAUAACGUCCCGCUGUUUGAUAACGAUAGAUAUGAACUGGAGAAAGCCCAUAGCUACGGUGCCGCAGGUACAAACUUAACAGAUGUCUUCUCAACACUGCUCAUUCGGAACGUACUUGUUGGUGACUAUGGAAAUUAUACGUGUCGUGCGCAGAACAAAUACGGGUCCAGUUUUGUGGUAGUGUAUCUUUUCUAUCAGUCCAUUUGCCAGGGGGCUUAUUGCCCUAUGGCCGGCGCAGUUUCCUUACAAGCGCGCGUCAACCCAGAUGGCACCUCAGUGCUUGUUUGAUUGAUGACUCUGUUCAAUUUCAACACGUUUACGCUAUUUCCAACACUUGUUUUGUACACCCUGAACUAGUUAUCCGUCUAAAAGUGCCAUUUUUUCUUUCUUUUCAAUGAUCAUAUGCACUAAUAAGUUGCGAUGGAAGUGAGCG